AUGGAAAUUUUAGAUGUUGGAAAUAACAAGAUAAAUGGCACAUUUCCCUACUGGUUGGAAUCUCUUCCAAUGCUACAAGUUCUUAUCUUGAGAUCUAAUAGAUUUCAUGGUUCCAUAGAGGUUAGUCCCAAAACUGCACUUCCUUUCCGAAAGUUGCAGAUCAUGGACCUCUCUGACAAUGAGUUCAGUGGCAAUUUGCCAACAAAAUAUUUCAAGAAUUUGUUGGCCAUGAUGGAUGCACAUUCGGACCGAUUGACAUACAUGGGAGAAGAUGCAUAUAAUGAAUCUACCAUUGUUGUCAUAAAAGGUUUCUUUAUUGAAAUGGAGAAAAUUCAAACCAUGUUCACAACAAUUGACUUGUCAAAAAAUAAUUUUGAGGGAGAGAUUCCAAAGUUGAUCGGGAAGCUAAAGUCUCUUAAAGGGCUCAACUUUUCUCAUAAUAAAUUGACUGGUCCUAUCCUAUCAACAUUGGAAAAUUUGAGUAACCUUGAAUGGUUAGACCUCUCUUCGAAUGAGCUUGUUGGAGAGAUUCCUCAACAAUUGACAAAUAUGAUAUCUCUUGAAGUGUUAAACCUCUCAAAAAACAGAUUGGCUGGACCCAUACCUAGUGGCAAGCAAUUCAAUACAUUCGACAACACAUCAUACAGUGAAAAUAUGGGAUUAUGUGGAUUUCCAUUGUCUAAAAUAUGUGGCAAUAAUGAGGCACCACAAUCUCCGACCACAAAGUUCGAAGAAGAAGGUGGUUAUGGGUUUGACUGGAAGAUCAUCUUGGUGGGUUAUGGAUGUGGAAUCAUGAUUGGAGUAUCAUUGGGAUAUAUAGUGCUUUCUAAUGAAAAAUUUACUCUGUUUUUGAUAAAGAUUGGAUUCAGUAAUUUACUGUAUGCCUAGAAGACACUGCUUGCUUAUGUGUUUGG